AUGCCGCGCACCCCCGCUCGCGCCUACCGCUCCCUCGCGCUCAUCGCUCUGGCCGCAGCGGCCAGCGCGCUGUCGCUGGCCCGAGAAUCAGCGCCGAAUCUUCGGCGGUCGACAAGACUGUGCAUCUAUACCGUGCCGGCGCUGCUCGUCUCCAACUCGUCCAUGAACGCGCUGCGUCCGCCUCUGCCCGGGCAGCCUGUGUGGCGCUCAACCGCGACCGGCUUCACCUCCAACCCUGGCGUCGCCUCGGCUUGGCAGCACCGAGCCUCCCUGCACUGCGCCGCGCCUGCCAGCUCCCUCGGACCAGUUGCGGGCGUGGGAUCUGGCGAGGCGGCGGACGGCACCGAGGCCGCGGACGGCGCUGAGGCAGCCGGCGCGCUGUCGUGCCCGUCUCGCGCUGUCGUGCCGGACUCGCUCUCCUCCGUGCACGCGCUGCGACCGCCGCUGCCCGGGCAGCCGACUUGGUGCUUGGCUGCCGCGUGUGUUGGCUUCCCCGCCAACUCCGCUGUCGCCUCCCUGUACUGCGCGUCGGAUGCCGGCUCCCUCGGACCGGAGGCGGGCGUGGGACCUGCCAUGGCGGCGGACGGAGCCGAGACCGCGGACGGCUCGAGGACUCCGAGGCUCGUGGGCCCACUUGCCCUGUCGUGA